AUGUUGCCAUCAAGAUCUGAUUCUUAAUAGAGAAGUCUUGAGAAUCCUGAUAAAUAGACAAUGAGAGUGGAUUCAACAAAAAGAACUGACAAAUUGAUUGAGGUUCCUCGAAAGAAGCUUAAUAUGAGAUUGUAUACAGAAUCUGAACAAAGGUUUCAAGAUUAUGUUAAUUCGAAGAUUGUUACUAUUAGUAUUAUUGCAUUAGUGGGAGCUUACGCAAUAUUAAUAUUUAUCAUUGUGGCCCUGGAGGAAUUGCUUGAUGAAACUGAGUUCAAUAAUGUUUCAUCAAUUUUGAGUUGGAUAGAACUUGGAAUAUUGAUAGUGUUCAUUCUAGAGAUAUUUGUUGGUUUGUAUGCUUGGGGCAUUAAGAAAUAUUAUAAAGACAAAUGGUUGAUUUUGGACACUCUAAUUAUCUUAUUGUCACUCUUUUUUGUGAUAUUUGAAUUGGCUGAUCAAAAAACAUCUAAUGUAAUCAAGGUAAUCUAGGCUGUCUUUCGAUUCUUAAGAAUCUUUCUCCUAAUUAGAAAGGCCUAGACAUUUAGGAGAUUGGCAACGAUUUCCACUAUUUCCACACCAGCUGAAAAAAUAGUACGGUUCUUGGCCGAGUUGAAGGAAGUGUUGGAAGAUGAAAAUAUGAAAUUGGAUAUUGAUUAUUGUAUUGACAAGAUAGGAAAUAAUCAAUUGUAUUAGAUGGGUAAAUUGGAUGAAGACAAUGCUGAAGCUAUGGCCUGGCUAAAUCAAAGUUAAUAAGGUAGAGCUGAAGUCAAACGAAUUGUAACAAAUGAAUAAUAAUAAUAAUAACAACAAAAGAAAGUAAUUGCUAAUUUUUAAAAACUUAAUAUUCCAAAAAGAUUACUGGAGAUAUUAUAUAAAUAACAUGAUGAUCUUUAUAUUGAUCCUUUUGAGAUGUGA